AUGAAUUUCUUCGGACACAAACCCUCCUUCACGGCGGAUCCGUUACAGGCAGCCGGACACGAGGAAAGAGACGAUGCCGCCUCAAGCCUCCCCCCUGGGGUGCCGACAGAGCUCCAUGCUGCGGAAAGCCUAACACGAAGCCACUUUGAACACGCCAUGGAGGCAAUGGCGGAAAAACUUAUUCAGACCUGGCAACUGACCGCCGACCAAAUUAAAAGAGAG